UAUAAGUACAUAUUUACACUUUCUUUUCGAAAAUGAGGGCACACUUGGGAGUGAUUUUCCUAAUUUUGGGCUUACAUCACUCUUAUGGUCUCCUAGUGAAGAACCUUAAGGACGAUACGGACGAACUUGUGGCAGUUACAGUGUUGUACAGAGACGGAGCCAGGAGUCCUUCAAAAUCGUUUCCAAAUGAUCCAUAUUACGAUCUGUCCUACUUCCCAAUGGGCUUUGGUCAGCUAACACAGUAUGGAAGAACGCAACAAUACGAACUAGGCCAGUGGCUCCGAAGUCGCUACAGCACCUUCCUCAGCGAGGACUACCACGUGGACGACAUCUACGUCCGAUCUACCGACACAGACCGCACCCUGAUGUCCGCUCUGGCGAAUCUGGCAGGUCUAUACCCACCCAAAGGCGACCAACUCUGGAACAAGGAUAUCCUGUGGCAGCCCAUAUCGGUCCACACGUUACCCACGAACGAAGACCAAGUCCUGUACAUGGAGAGGCCCUGCCCUAAGUUCAACCGCCUCUAUGACGAGGUGACCAAAAACCACUUCUUCCAAAGCAUGAACGAGGAGUUCGCGGACUUUUACGAGCAGCUUUCCAACCUAACCGGCUGGAAUAUCACCGAUGUCAGUUACAUCUACCAGUUGCACCAGGUCCUGGACAUUUACGCCAACUACGACAAAUCGUACCUACCAUCCUGGGCGUCCAAUUUGGACCAAGCUAAGCUGGAUUACCUAGCGGGUUUAUCCUUCAUCAGCUGGACCUUCACAGACGAACUGAAGAGACUGGGCGAUGGACCUUUCUUUGACAACCUCUUCAGCGGGUUUGACAAGGUGUUGGAUGAGACCCAACAAGCUCCCAAUUUCCUGAUGCUUUCCGGCCACGAAGGUACCAUAGGCUCAGUGUUAAACGGAAUGGGGCUAUUUGACUAUAAAGUACCAGACUUCGCUUCUACCCUCAUCUGGGAAGUGAAGAAAAGCUCUGAGGGAGAGCACUACGUCAAUAUGUUCUACAAAAGACACGGAACUGAAGUCGUGGAUCAACUGAAACUUUUUGAAUGCGACUACAAUUGCAAGUAUGAGACUUUCAAGUCGAUUUUGAACCCCAUCACCGUGGACUUAGCCACAUGGGACAAGGAAUGCGCAGAAACUGAUUAAAUAUCAAAAAUGUUAUAUGUAUAUGUAAUUACAAAUAUGUAGUAGAAUAGUAGAAUAAAGCAUUUUCAAUAUU